AUGCCUUCAUACAUUAUUACACACAUCUUGAAAUCACCUAAGUAUCCCGAAGCAGAGACCGGGGAAAAAAGUAACAGGGUUAGGACGACUACAAGAGGACUAGCUCAUACUACUGUAUAUCAAACUGUGGCAGAUGAUGUUGCAAAUUAUAACAUAAGUAUUAGAGCAGCAGCAAAGAAACACAAUGUAUGCCAUGUGGCAUUGCAUCGGUACAUUAAAAAGAAAGAGAAGUGUAUGAGUGAUAGCAGCACACCAAUGCCUCGUGUUGUGUAUAGAAGUGUCAAACGAGUGUUCUCUGAUGAACAACAAAAACUUAUAGCUGAAUAUGUGAUUAAAGCGUCGGAGGUAUUUUACGGACUUUGCCCUAAGGAUAUCCGCAAAUUAGCUCACGAACUGGCAACAACAAACAAUAUACCAGUUCCAUCAGCUUGGAUGGACAAUCAAACUGCUGGUCCAAACUGGUUUUCAGCAUUCAUGAAGAGGAAUCCCCAGUUGCCUAUUCAGUCGGCUCAACCAACAAGUCUUGCUCGAGCAACGAGCUUUAAUCCAACAAAUGUGAAUGUCUUUUUCAACAAUCUGGCUAGCAUUAUGGAGAGAUAUAAGUUAGAACCCAUGGACAUCUGGUAUAUGGACGAGACAGGUGUCACCACAGAUCAGAAACCAAACAGAAUUGUUGCUAAACGGGGAAUAAAGCAGGUAGGAGCUAUCACGUCGGCUGAAAGAGGCACUCUUGUCACUGUUGGUAUUGCCAUCAACGCUCAGGGAAAGAGUACACCACCUCUCUUUGUAUUCCCUCGCUUGAGGUAUCAUGACCAUUUUAUUCUAGACGGCCCUAUUGGUUGCAUUGAAGCAGGAAAUGCGAGUGGCUGGAUGCAAGAGGAAGAAUUUUUGUUAUUCUUGCACCAUUUCGUAAAAUUUGCUAAACGAACUCCUGUGCACAAAUGUUUAAUGCUUCUCGACAGUCACGAACCUGAUAUAUCCAUCAGAAGCCUGCAUGUUUGCAAAAGCAACGGGAUUGUUUUGUUGCAAUUCCCACCACACUGUACACACAGGAUGCAGCCUGUAGACCGUUCAGUUUAUUGUCCAUUUAAAAAGAUGGUGAAUAUUUUUGCUGUCAACUGGAUCAAGAAUCAUCCGGUAAAGACCAUGCAAAUUUAUGACAUCCCUUCAAUUGUAGGGGAAGCACUUCCACUUGCUGUAACUCCCAAAAUAUUGCAGCAGGGUUUAAAUGCACAGGCAUAG